UCAUCGCCGAAUGCGUCAACCGCACGGCGACCAGCAAGGGGCACCUCACCAGCACCAAGCCUGCCGCGCUCUCGGCCCCUCACGCAACAGGACACGGUCCGAGAGAGAGGAGCCCGGACGCAGCCUUGGAGGGACUAAGGUCAUCCAGUUUCAUCCUAAGCCAUGGGGUUCACACGCUUUGCAGUGAUGCUGUAUGUCACCGUGAGCCAACUCGUUUCAGGUAUGCGCUUUAUGACCCCUGAGCCUGAUUCAACACCAACAUCAACCCCAGACUCUAACCCACUGGGGGACCUGAUCCAUGCCGCCCUGCAGAGUAAGGAGUACUUAGGACGAGCUUCUGCAGGCACAGGUACCACCACAAACCCGACACAGGCAGUGCCUGGGCUUGGGCAGACCGAGUCAGCGGCGACGGUCAUAUCACCAGGGCUGCUCACCACAGCUCUGAGUUCCGUGUCUGCUUCCAGCCAGACAGGACCAAGGAAUGGCAUGUCUUUGCUGCCCAUAGAGGAGGAGACAACCACCACUCUGAUCACCACAACCACCAUAACCACAAUGCACAUGCCAGUGCAGUGCAAUGCGACUUUGUCAGCGAUGGAGGAUACUGUCGAGUCACCAGAUCCUGCAUCAUCAUCAACAUCAUUUUCCCCUCUGGAAUGCACCUACAGCAUCACUGUGUAUGCGGGUUAUGGUGUGGAAAUUCAGGUGAGAAAAGUGAAUCUGUCAAAGGAAGAAUCUCUGAUAAUCAUGGGGCAUGGAGGCACGGGACCGGAGCUGUUGGCCAACGAGACGCUGAUGAGAGAGGGUCAGGUGAUUCGCAGUACAACCAAUCAGGUGUACAUUCACUACCGCAGUCUCCGACAGACCAACCACGGCAUGUUCAGCCUCCACUAUCAAGCCUUUCUGCUGUCCUGCCCAUUCCCCCGGUCUCCUGCGGGCGGCGGCGUGACAGUGACGGACAUCCAUCCCGGAGGUCAGGCGCACUUCCACUGUGAUCCAGGUUUCCAGGUCCGCGGUCACGAGGUGUCUACAUGUGUCAACACGACAGAGCCACACUGGAGCACCCCUGAACCCCAAUGUGUCGCUGUGUCCUGUGGGGGGUGGAUUCGUAAUGCAACGGUGGGGCGGGUUCUGUCCCCGACGCCGCCGUCUGUCAGCAACCACAGCAACGGAAACAACCUGAGCUGCCACUGGUUAAUAGAAGCCAAAGAGGGACACCGAAUCCACCUCCACUUUGAGAGGAUUGCACUGGAUGAAGAUGAUGAUAAGUUAAUUGUGCGCAGCGGGAACAGUUCCCUGUCCCCGCCACUCUUCGACUCAGACCUGGACGACGUCCCAGAACGUGGGCUGCUCAGCGAGAGCUCCACACUGUACCUGGAGCUCACGGCCGAUUCUUCCUCCAUCCCCCUGCUUCUGGCACUGCGAUACGAGGCUUUCGAUGAUGAGCACUGCUGGGAGCCCUACAUGCCCCAUGGAAAUUUCAGCAGCAGCGACAUCACGUAUCAGCUGGGCACCACCGUUACCUUCACCUGCUCCCCAGGCUUCGUCAUGGAACAAGGCUCGGGAACGAUUGAGUGCGUCGACCCCAGCAAUCCCCACUGGAACGACAGUGAACCUGUGUGCAGAGCUCUGUGUGGAGGGGAGUUGACCGAGCCCGCGGGCACCAUCCUGUCUCCUGAUUGGCCCCAGAGCUACUCCAAGGGGCUCGACUGCGUGUGGCAGAUCCAUGGUAACGAGGAGAAACGCAUUGAACUGGAUGUCCAGAUCUUAAACAUCCGCCACUCCGACGUGCUGACGGUUUUUGACGGACGUGAUCUCAUGUCUCACGUGAUCAGGCAAUACCUGGGGUCCCGAGAGCGUUUCCAGGUUGUGUCGGGGGGUUCAGAGGUCACCAUUCAGUUUCAGAGUGAUCCAAAUGAUUCCAGUUUUAUCCUGAGUCAGGGAUUCCUCAUCCAUUAUCGUGAGGUUGAGCCGAACGACACGUGCCCUACCCUCCCUCAAAUUGAGUUUGGCUGGAUCAGCUCGUCCCACUCCUCCCCUGUGAGAGGCAGUGUGUUGACCUAUCAGUGCCAACCAGGAUAUGACAUCAGCGGCUCUGACAUAAUCACCUGCCAGUGGGACCUGUCCUGGAGCAGCACUCCACCUUCUUGUGUCAAAGUCCAGCAGUGUCCCGAUCCAGGAGAGGUGGUGAACGGAGCGCGCUCUGUGCGCCCCGAAGCAGGUUUCGCAGUGGGAACAGUGGUCCGUUUCUCUUGUAACCAGGGUUACCAGCUGGAAGGUCCCAGCCAAAUCUCCUGCCACGGACGAGACACCGGCACGCCCAAGUGGAGCGACCGCAGCCCGAAGUGUGUCUUAAAAUAUGACCCAUGUCCAAACCCCGGAGUCCCUGACAACGGUUACCAGACCUUGUACAAGCACAGCUACCAGGCAGGAGAGACUCUGCGUUUCUUCUGUUAUGAGGGCUACGAACUUAUCGGCGAGGUCAUUAUCAGUUGUGUUCCCGGCCACCCCUCUCAGUGGAACAGCCCGCCGCCCUUUUGCAAAGUGGCAUAUGAGGAGCUCUUGGAUGAUCACAAAUUGGAAGUGUCCCAGUCAUUUGAGCCAUCCCAUCAGAUCCUGAGUGAGAACAUUGCUUUGGCCAUAAUUCUGCCAAUCAUCCUGGUCAUUCUCCUGAUCGGAGGAAUCUAUAUGUACUAUACAAACAUAUGCAGACUAGAAUGGAAGCCGCUCUUCUGGAAGUCUCUCUCUCACACACACUCCUACAGUCCCAUCACAGUCGAGUCUGAUUUCAACAACCCUCUUUACGAGGCUGGGGAUACACGGGAGUAUGAAGUAUCCAUUUGAAGGAGAACAUGUUUUUGGUGAGAAUUAAAAACCACACAAAGAUUCAAUUAUUUUGGAAGACAAAUUCCUUAAUAUCAUAAGGCCUCAUUCCCCCUUUAUCAUUCUAUUCUAAUUCUCUUUCUGUUUUACCACCACAAUAUCUCUGGUUUAUCGUGGUGGAACUGCUUUGUUUUCAUUUUGUUACACUGAUACGGUGGUCUGCCAAACAUGGGUCCUGCUCCACGAUCCAACUUUUCUGUAUCAUUAGGACCGGUGCCUUACGACGGGUCAGAAAUAAAUGACAAAGAAAAUAAUAAGAAAUAAAAGUGUGGGAAGAAUCAGAACAGGAAAUGGGGAAAGGGUGAAGGGAGAUUUAUUCAUUUAUUUAUUUAUUUAUUCAAUUCAAAUCAUUAUGAGGCCAAAACAUUUGAGUACUUGGCAACUCUUUAUUUAUAACAAUCAAAAGUUAUAGUCAUGAGUAUAUAAUACUGUACACGCUGAAUGUUUUUCCUUUGUUGUUGUUUUUUAGAGUGGCUCAUUUAACUGUAAAGAGGAAGGAAGAGGGUUUUUUCCUUUUUGUAAUCAUGAGAACAGUUCAAACUCAUUUUCUCUUCUUCACAUUGUCUUUUCUCUCUGUGUAAAAAACACAAAUUGAAUGUAAAUAUCUGACUUAAUAUUUAUUGAGGUUUAUAUAUACUUAAUUAUAUAUAUAUAUAUAUAUAUAUAUAUACACACAUAUAUAUGUAUAUAUAUAUACUUGGCUAUAUAUAAGCCUCAUAUAUACACUUAUACAUUGUGGCGGGGGGGUUAUAUAUUUUCAUUAUAUACGUAUAUAUAUGAUGAAAAUUCAGUGCCAAAAUAUAAUGUUAAAUAAUUUAAUGUCUCUAAGUGUUCCAUCCGUUGUUGCAAUAGUGUUUACAAAAGCAGUGUUUAUUUCAUUCUUUGCUGUUUCUGGCGUGCAUCGUCACCCAGUGUCACGUCACACGUGAGGAGGAGGUGAGGACAUGAAUGUCAUUAUGCUUAGAGCAUGCACUGAUUGUAAAUUAUAUUGCUUCUUGCUCAAUCUCGCCAUUGCCAUUAUAGUUACUGACAGUUAUCAUUGUUAUCCAAUUCGAUGUUGUAUGCACUAUGUUGAUGAAAACUUGCAAACUUGGCUGCUUGCUGUGAUGCAUUAUGUAUUUAUUUACAAACGAUUGUUUUAACAGUGGAUGUCGUCUCAUUCGCUGAGCCAAAUGAAGGAUCCCGGAGACUGUUGCUUUGUAGGCUAAACUCCUCUCUUAUCAUCAGUAGCAUUUUUUUUUUGCCUCAUAUAUGAAAACACUCUUUUGAAGGCAGUGGAUUAUUUGCUGAACUGGAAAUAAAGUCUCUGUUGAAUGGUGUAAAACUUGA